CAAAACUCUACAACUACAUACGUGCAUGAUACAAUGGUAAACAAUACAAUGGAGCCAAUUGUGGACAACCGGAGGUCCAAUGGUCUGAUUGUAUGGGAACAGUAUGCCGCUAAGAAGCAGCCGCUAGAUGAUGGGGAUAUAUUCAUAUUUGGGUACGGUUCUCUAAUAUGGAAAGUCGCCUUUCCGCGCGCACCUGUUGAGCGUGUGGUAGGUAAGAUUUCUGGCUGGAAGCGAAGGUUCUGGCAGGGGAGUACGGACCAUCGUGGUGUACCUGGAAUGCCUGGGCGUGUAUGCACACUGAUAGAGGAUGCAGAGAGUGAGACGUGGGGUGUAGCCUACAGGGUUUCUGCGGCGCACGUACGUGAGGUGUUAGAAUAUCUAGACGAGAGAGAGAAAGGCGGCUAUACGUGUCACGAAGUAGAAUUCCAUCCCAGAGCCCACUACAACCGGUCGUCGCACACGACAUUUGUAUACUGUGGAACGCCUGACAACGAGGAUUACAUCGGACCGCAACCCAAAGAGGAAUUGGCCGACAUUAUAGCAUCUUCAAUCGGACCGAGUGGCCCAAACAAGGACUAUCUGCUGCAUCUUGCGAGUGCCAUACGGGAAAUCGCCCCCGAGAGUGUCGAGGAAGACGGGCAUUUAUUUGGUCUCGAAAGGUUGGUUUUGGAACGACUACAACAUACGGGGACUGUCAAUCACUAGCGCGCACAGCGCGAUAGGCAAUAAAGCUAAGCAAUUUAGUUUAUCAAAUCCUACUGCGCUGGUGUGUCUCAUUUAAAAGUGAUAUGAUUAGCAUUAGCUACGCAGCGGAGAGGGCUUGUAACAGAUAGUAACAGAUUGAG